GGCCCGGGCUGCAGGUCGCCAUGGGCCUGCGCUGGGCGCUACUGCUGCUGCUCACCCUGCCGCUGGGCCGGGCCCGCAACGUGCUGCUCCUCGUGGCGGACGAUGGCGGCUUUGAGAGCGGCGUGUACAACAACUCCGCCAUCAACACCCCCAACCUGGACGCCUUGGCCGGGCGCAGCCUCGUCUUCCGGAACGCCUUCACCUCCGUCAGCAGCUGCUCCCCCAGCAGGGCCAGCAUCCUGACCGGCUUACCCCAGCACCAAAAUGGGAUGUAUGGGCUGCACCAGGACGUGCACCAUUUCAACUCCUUUGACAAGGUGCAGAGUCUUUCCCUGCUGCUCAGCCAGGCACAUAUCCGGACAGGGAUAAUUGGGAAGAAGCACGUUGGGCCGGAGACGGUGUAUCCCUUUGAUUUUGCGUACACUGAGGAGAACAGUUCUGUGCUGCAGGUGGGCAGAAACAUCACCCGGAUCAAACGGCUCGUCCGGAAAUUCCUGCAGAGCCAGGACGAGAGCUCCCGUACUUCGUUCCAGACACUCCAGCCGCUCGCGCUGACCUGGCCGCCCAGUACACAACAAUCGGGCGCAUGGACCAAGGCAAGUACCCGCUGUGGUCGGGCAGCAGGACGUGGGGGCCCGAGCCCCCAGCGCAGGGUCUUGCUGGGUGAGAGGAGAAAACCCACCCUCAGCUGGGGCUGGGGACUGGGGCUGGGAUGGAGGCAGCCAUCCUGCUGGGUGAAAGUGCAGGUGCCCCCCGGCAGCCACACAGCUCUGCUCUUCUCUCUGCACGCAGGGAUCGGGCUGGUCCUGGAGGAGCUGCGCAACGCCGGCUUGCAUAACAACACACUGGUGAUUUACACCUCUGACAACGGCAUCCCCUUCCCCAGCGGCAGGACCAACCUGUACUGGUCGGGCACUGCUGAGCCCCUGCUGGUCUCCUCCCCCGAACACCCCGAGCGCUGGGGGCAGGUCAGCCAGGCUUACGCCAGCCUGCUGGAUCUCACGCCCACCAUCUUGGACUGGUUCGCCAUCCCCUAUCCCAGCUACAGCAUCUUCGGCACCAAGACAGUCCAGCUCACCGGGAAGUCGCUCCUGCCAGCCCUGGUGUCAGAGCAGCCCUGGGUCACGGCCUUCAGCAGCCAGAGCCACCAUGAGGUCACCAUGUACUACCCCAUGCGGGCGAUCCAGCACCAGCAGUUCCGCCUGAUCCACAACCUCAACUUCAGGAUGCCUUUCCCGAUCGACCAGGACUUCUACGUCUCGCCAACCUUCCAGGACCUGCUCAGCCGGACCAGAGCCAGGCAGCCGACCCAUUGGAACAAGACCCUGCACCAGUACUAUUACAGGGACCGCUGGGAGCUGUUCGACCGGAGCAGCGAUCCCACCGAGAGCCGGAAUCUGGUCUCCGACCCCCAGUACGCCGAGGUCUUGGAGCUGCUCAAAGCCCACCUGUUGAAGUGGCAGUGGGACACUAAUGACCCUUGGGUGUGUGCCCCAGACGGCGUCUUAGAGGAAAAACUGAGCCCCCAGUGCCAGCCACUUUACAAUGAACUGUGAGUCACCAGCUCACCUUGCGGGAGUCCUGUCUGCAUUCCUUACACCAGCCCAGCCCCAGGUCCUGCUUGGCCCUCGGCUCCUCCCCAAAUCCUGUUACAGCCCCAGAACCCCCAAGGGAACAGCUAGCUCGUCUGCCAAAUGAGACCUCAAGUGCCUAAACAUGCAGCCCCCGGGCUCCAGGGUCCACAGAGCGACCCCGCAGCCACGCCAGAGCUCCAGCCACCCUCCGUCUAGCACAAGGUGGGGCAGCAACCAGAGAUGGGCUGGUCCCACUCCCCCAUUCACACAACUGGCGUGUGCUUUGUGUGUCAAAACAGCAUCUGCCCCUGAAGCUCAAACGGGACAUUUUCCUCCUCACUGGGGUGUCAUCGCACCCGGCAACAGGCAGCGCUGGACUGCAGCCAACCCGAAAGCUGUCAAAUACAUGAUCUCAAUAAAGUCGCUGGGAAGAGAACGUC